AUGCGGAAGAAUUUUCAGUUUAAAGUAAAAAAGUCGACGCUGGAGCUAUAUAUACUGCGGUGCGUUCAUGCUGAUUGCACGUGGAGACUUCGAGCUACCAAGCUAAAGGAAUGCACUUUGUUCAAGAUAAAUAAAUAUUGUGCUGCCCAUACGUGCUAUGGUGGGGCUUUAAAACAUGAUCAUAGGCAACCCAAAAGUUGGGUGGUAGGACAUCUUGUGCAGGAGAAGUUCACAGACGUCUCCCGCACGUAUAGACCGAAGGACAUUAUACAAGACAUGAGGGAGUAUGGUGUCAAUUUAAGUUAUGAUAGAGCAUGGCGUUCUAGUGAAGAAGCACUCCGGCUUAUUAGAGGUGAUCCAGCAUCGUCAUAUGGUCUACUUCCAGCUUAUGGUGAAGCUUUGAAAAUCAUGAAUCCAGGUACUAUUUUCGAAUUAAAACUAGAAGGUGGCAAAUAUUUCAAAUAUGUAUUUAUGACAUUGGGUCAAUCGAUUCGAGGUUUUCUGGGUUGUACUAGACCAGUGUUGGUUGUUGACGGGGCCCACCUAAAGGGGAAGUUCAGAGGGGUAUUGUUAUCAGCUUCUGGUGUUGAUGCAAAUAACCAGAUUUACUCGGUAGCAUUUGCGAUUAUCGACGGUGAGACGGUAGCAUCAUGGGUGUGGUUUAUGAUUCAAAUAAAACGUGCGCUCGCCGGAGUGGAUAAUUUGGUUUUCGUUUCUGAUAGACAUCAAACCAUUUGCAAGGCAAUCGACAAGGUAUUUUCUAUUGCAUUUCAUUGCUUUUGUACACAGCAUAUCAAGGUUAACUUGAUAGCAAAAUUUAAAGACGAUGCGAAGGCAGUCGAGGAACUAUUUUUAAAGGCUGCAAAGGCGUAUCGCGAGUCAUAUUUCAACUCGAUCUGGGCCCAACUUCGUGCAUACCCCUCGUCUAUAAAUGCCCUCUUCAGGCACACCCGUAAGUUACCGGUUACCGCCUUACUUGACCACAUUAGAGGUAAGUUACAGACUUGGUUCUAUGAUCGACGGACGCUUGCAGCUUCCCGAUCAACCACAUUGUCCGACUACGCAGAAAACAUGUAUGCCGAAUAUUCAGAUAGUGCGCGGAGACACGUUGUAGACAACAUUGACCAGUUCCAUUUCCAGGUACGGGAUGGCAACCUUGACGGGAUUGUUGAUUUGAAUGCUAUGAUGUGUAGUUGUCGGGAGUUUGAUUACUUUAAGAUUCCAUGCUCUCAUGCUAUUGCGGCGGCGACGAUGCGAAAUAUAAAUCCAUACAGUCUGUGCGACGAGGCAUAUACGACGAACUCCUGGAUAUUGGCUUAUGCAGAACCCAUAUUUCCAGUCGGACACAUCUCGACAUGGAACAGUUCGCCAGAGUUUGUCAACAUACCGGUGGAACCACCGAAGACUGUUCCAAGAGUUGGGAGGAGGAAGACGGUUAGGAUUCCUUCCACGGGCGAGGUACGACAAACACGUAAGUGUGGUCGCUGUGGUGCGUGGGGACAUAAUCGCAAAACAUGUAGUGAACCCCUUACCACAUUGUGA